AUGUCACAGUUUCAUCGGCGGAGAACAACUAGGUCCUCUCAUACUUCCGAGUAUGACUCUGCGCAGUCCCACAUCCUUCAUCUCAGCGUGCCGACUGCUGUUAUUGUGAAGGUGAAGCAGAAGGCUAGUCUUGCAACGGGCUUCAUCAAUAUUUAUGAGGCCUUAACCCCUCGGCAGAUUGGCAUUAUCACAAUUGGAUCUGCGAUUGGGACGGGCUUGAUGAUUGGUACUGGCAGAGCCUUAUCGUUGAGUGGUCCCGCUGCCAUUAUGAUUUCUUACUCUGUCGUUGGAUUCACUGUCUAUCUGGUACUAUUGGCUCUGGGGGAGGUGGCUGCGUGGCUGCAAAAACCAUGUACUGUGGCCGACCAUGCGCUCCGAUUCUCCGAUCCAGCACUUGGAUUUAGCCUAGGUUGGAUAUAUUGGCUGAAAUAUGCCAUCAUCACCCCGAAUCAAUUGACAGCCGCCGCUUUGGUGAUACAAUACUGGCUUGAUGCUCAGCGAGUCAACGCCGGUGUUUGGAUUGCAGUCUUUCUUUUCAUCAUCAUUGGGCUCAACUGCCUCCAUCAUGGUCUACCAAGUUACGUUGAAUUCUACGUUGCUUCAUUCAAACUUCUUGUUAUGUUCGCACUCAUGGUAACGUCCUUGGUCAUUGCUCUCGGGGGUGCAGAUCAUGACCGCCGAGGCUUUAGGUAUUGGCAACAGGGCAGUGCUUUUGGCAAUAUGAGUGCGAAUCGCAAUCACAUAUUGGAAAAGUUCUUCCUCACUGGUCGUACCAUGUCCUCAGCAACAUUCGCCUACAUUGGAAGUGAAAGAUCUGGCAUAUUGUACCCAAAUGUGCAACAAGCCAUCUCUCGGUCUAUCAAGCAUACCUUUUACCGGAUCUUUGUCUUUCACCUCGUGGCGAUCACGCUGCUUGGUAUGAUCGUUCCACCGGCACUGGCGUUUAGCACAACCAAGAGGUCACCAGCUUCCCCAUUUGUGUCUGCACUGCUCCAAGCUCACUUUGCUGUUGUCCCUGAUAUACUGAAUGGCUGCAUCUUGCUGUUUGUGCUUUCAAUUGCCAAUUUUGAUCUAUACUUGGCCACCAAGGCAAUGUGCGAUCUCUCGUUGAAGCAUCGAGCACCUUCAUUCCUGUCCCAUGUCAAUCACCGAGGAAUUCCAGUGUAUGCUCUGGCCACAAGUGUAUGUAUGUCAAUGAUUGCAUUUUUCAAUGUCAUUUUUGAUUCAAGCAUGGUAUUUGGAUACUUCAUGAACACAGUCACCAUGCUCGGUCUUCUGACAUGGGUAUCUAUUCUGAUCACACAUGUAUCAUUUGUGAGGGCACGCAGACACCAGGGCAUUUCUGAAGAACUGCUCAUUUUUCGAGCUCGCUUUGGUCUUGUUGGUACAUGGAGUGCUCUGGUCCUGUGUCUGUUCAUUGCGGCAACGAUGACCUUUGAUGCCUUUAAAAUAGUGAAUGGUGAGGCAAAGUUCAACUACCGGUCUGUUAUUGCUUCUUAUGCAGCCAUUCCACUAUUCCUUUCAUUGAUUGCUGGUCACAAAUUGAUGAAAAAAAGCAAGUGGAUAACACCAGGAGAUGUUGAUAUGUGGACCGGUAGAAAUUCCCCAGCUGUGGAAUUGGCAGAAGUUCAAGAUGCAGCGCGAGUCAGUACGCACCGUGCUUGA